AUGGUGCGCCUCCUGGGGGCUUUCUUUCGCUCUGCACGGGCAGCAGCACCCUCAUCGCGCCUCCCUUCUCGCCGCUUGUACUCCGCGGUUGCUGAUCCGAUCCAACCAGUCCCUGAUGCGAAGCUUAAAAGACUCGGACCCAAACUACCUCCCUUGGAGCUAGAAAGCCCACCUCCCGAUCCGGGCACGGUUGGUGUCAAUGCGAUGGGAAUGCGAUUGCAGUUUGGAGGCAUGGAUGAUUGGUAUUUACAUUCUAUGCUUCGUGAUUCUUGCCAAUGCACCCGUUGCGUAGACCAAUUCUCGAAGCAACGCAAUUUCCGGACCAGCGAUAUUCCCAUCGCAAUCAAGCCUCGUUCGAUCAAACUGGAUGGCGAUCAUCUUGAGAUCAAAUGGGCAAAUGACGUCCCAGGCUACGAUGAGUCGCACGUCUCCCGAUACAGCCUAAGGUUCUUAAAGUACCCCUCUGCGAUUCCGCACAGGGGCAGCGCUGGGCUGAAGCGGAGACGCAUUGAUUGGGAUAAAGAGAUUAUGCAAAGAGUCCAACACUGGAUCUCUUACAGCGAUUACAUGGACGAUGAGUUGAAAUUCACGUCUGCUAUGCGUCACUUAGCCAUCACCGGCUUGGUCUUUGUAAAAGACAUCCCUGACUCUCGUGAGAUGGUCGCGAAGAUUGCAACAAGGAUGGGUCCCAUCCGGGAUACUUUCUAUGGGUCGACCUGGGAUGUUCGUAGUGUCCCGAAGGCCAAAAAUGUCGCAUACACGAGCCAGUUUCUCGACUUCCACAUGGAUCUGAUGUACAUGAAGAACCCUCCCGGGUUCCAGCUGCUGCAUUGCCUCCAAAAUUCGUGUGAGGGUGGCGAGUCGUUGUUCUUGGACAGCUUUGCUGUCGCCUCGCAGAUACACCACUGGCACCCCGAGAUCUUCAAGGAGCUCUCCCAGUGCCGACUCACAUACGAGUACAACCACGAGGAUCACGUCUACUCAAAUGCCUGGCCUGUAUUCGAAGCCGGUACACCGGAUUCAAAACAGGACCCGCAUCUUUUGCAUGUGAAUUACUCCCCUCCCUUCCAGGGAAACAUGCUUCCAAAAUGGAGGGAUUACGAAACGACGUCGAAGAACAUCCGUGCCUUGCACUACUUCGCCAAGCAGCUUGAAGACGAGAGACGGAUUUUCGAGCUGAAACUGAACCCCGGAGAAUGUGUCAUAUUUGAAAACCGUCGGGUGCUCCAUGCUCGUCGCCAAUUCAAUACGAGCAGUGGUCACCGCUGGCUCGCGGGUGCCUAUGUAGAUGAAGAUGCUCUGCUGUCCAAGUUCCAGACCCUCAGCGCUAAAUAUCCCUUCUCAUGGUUUGGGUAUACCCUUCCUGGACCUCCAUAUUUGGACAACAAGGUCGAGAAACUAGAGACGGAAACAGCUUCUAAAGCUUAA